UAAUCACGUGUCCACAUAGAUCGACGCCAUUUUCUUCGCUUGAUGUUUAGUGUCAACUUGCAGGUGCCCGUUACGGAAAAAGUGUGAACUUUUUUUAAGUGGAUUUAUAUAUUUUUGAUCAAAUAAGUCAUGGCUGAUCACAAGCCUAGAUUGUGUCAUUUGGUAAAAUGGCCCGACUUUCAGGGGUAUGGAUUUAACUUGCAUGCCGAGAGAGGUAAAGCGGGACAAUUCAUAGGGAAAGUGGACGAGGGGUCCCCAGCAGAAGCUGCGGGUCUAAGGGAAGGGGACCGAAUCGUUGAAAUUAAUGGAACUAAUAUAGGUAACGAAAACCACCAGCAAGUUGUGGGGCGGAUCAAGUCGCUUGGUGACGAAGUAAAUCUUUUAGUGGUGGAUCAGGAAACGGACUCUUAUUAUAAAGACAUUAAACAAAUUGUGAGGAGUGAUCUUCCUGAAGUUGUCAAAAUAAGUGCGGAGAGAGGUGAAAGCCAGGAAAAUUCAGCAGAACCUGAACCUACGCCUGAGCCCCAGGAGGCCAGGGAACCUUCACCGGAAAGAGAACCAUCCCCUGAACCAGAGAGAGAGCCCUCGCCUGAACCAGAACGCGAACCAACACCAGAACCACCGAGGGAGCCUUCACCCGAACCAGAGAGGGAGCCCUCUCCUGAACCAGAAACCAACAAAGAAAAUGAGGAACCCAGUGAACCAGAGGCAACUGUGAUUACAGUCAAUAGUGUCACCAAUACGGAGCCAGAUAGUAAAUAUAUCGCUAGACUUUGUCACGUAACUAAAUGGCCCGACUUCCAGGGAUACGGGUUCAAUCUCCAUGCAGAGCGGGACAGACCAGGUCAGUUUAUCGGAACCAUAGAUGACGGAUCCCCUGCCCAGGCAGCAGGCCUACAAGAAGGAGAUAGGAUUAUUGAAGUCAAUGGUGCAAAUAUUGAAUCUGAGAGCCAUAGGCAAGUGAUAGAGAGAGUCAAGGCAGGAGGGAAUGAAACCAAAUUGUUAGUUGUGGAUCCUGAAAGUGAUGCUUACUUCAAAAAGAAUGGAAUAUCCAUUAGCAAUUCAUCACCCAUGGUCACCCCACUAUCAAAUCCUGCCAGGGGAGGUUCAGCGCCAGCUCCAACCCCUACUCCAGUCAAUGGGACAUCAGAAUCACCGGCUCCAUUGGCCUCUAAACCUGCUAACCAGGCCCCCCAACUUGUUGCCAACGGCACCGCAUCCAAUUCCAGUGACCCAAUGAUGGGAAUGUCGGCUAAGGAGAUGAGGGAAUACCUAGCAAACAAGAGGAAACAGGACCCCAAAAAGAGUAGACAAAUGGAUUUCGCAACCAAAGUCAACAUGCUGCAGAAAAUGUGAGGCCCAUUUCCAUGUGCAUUUAGAUAUUAUGUUAAUUUUUGUUUAAAGAGAUAUAUGGUGUAUAUUAUGCAUAAAGCAUUCGGUGUAUUUACAAUGCAGACAUAUGCGUGGAUAUAUAUGGCACACUGUGAUUUGAAAAUUUGCCAUGGUAAGAAUAUAGUGUUGUUCUGAAGGAGAAAAAUAGUAUGUUUCAUCAGACACUGUAAAUAAAGAGAGCAGGUGUCUUUGUUAAUAUCAAUCUACAUGGGGAUUCUAUUUCUACAACAGUCAUGGCUUAAUUUUUCAUUAAUAAGCUAUAAUCAUCUGAAACAUUUUGUGUAGAAUUGUAUCAGUUGCUUUUCAUGCAAACAUUCCAGUAGCUUCAUUGAUAAAUUUUUAACUCACUUGUCAUUUGUUGAAUGUAAUUAUUUGGAAAAUACAGAAGAAGGUUUGUAAAUUAUAUUUUUAAAAAAAAACCUAUUGGACUCCAAUUUUGCUAAAAUAGACACCUUACUCACAAAACAACAUUGUACAUGUUCAAGAUAACUUUCCUGCUCAGUGUGUUAAUGCACUGCACUUAUUUUUUGGCCACUCAAAAUUCAUGUUGAGUCUAUAUAUGUUUGUGAAAUGAUCAACAUUCCCAACAGAAAUAAAGCAAUGUGUUAAAAAGAAAUGGGACUUAGUUUUUCUAAUCAUCUCAUUUAAAAGGUUAUUGAAUUAGUUCUGAAGAAUUCUCUCAUGUGUCUUUCUUGCCAUAAAAGACAAAUCAAAUAUGUCCAUGUAUUGGAUUCCUUCUUUCUUUUUCCAGUGCCUAUUAUAGUUUUAGGAUUGGUGAUGAACUGCUAUAAUUAUUUAUACAUACUAGGAGAUUUUUAAAUGACGUAAGUUCACGUGGGUAUUUGAAGGCUGAUACAAAGUGGAGAAUUUUCCUUUAGCAGAAAAUGUGUUCAUUUCUUUUGAAUGCACUGAUUAAACCAAUGAUUAGUUUCUCAGAAAGUUGACACAGUAGUAGUUACGCAUUAGAUAAUAAAUGUCUACUUGGAACAAUUCUUUACUGAUUCAGUUAGUUCCGUUUUUUGCCAAGAUUAAAACAGUCUUGUAGCAAUGAAGCAAUUUCAAUGUUUCAAAAGAUUCCAUUUGUAAAGCACUGCAUUUAUAUCAGUCUAACUUUGGUAACCCAUUUAUUCCAAUUCAACAGAGGAUUAUUUUCAUAUUCUGUGUAUUUUUUUCCCCAAUUGGUUUAAGCCUUGCAGCAUCAGUGUAUCACUUGUAUAUUGAAAUGUAUUCACAUUUUGUGCUAUUAAUAUCUCAACAUUUUGUCUCAUGGUGUUAAAUGUUUGUUUUUGUUGAAAUGUUAAUGUUUAAGGGGCAGAGAAAAUUAUUCAAAUAUGCACUGUAUUUAGUUUUUUUUUUUAGAACAUGUACAUUCCAAAAAAUCUAAACACAUGCAUGUAAUAAACCCUUGUCAUUGAUUUUGGCAAAAAGAAAAAUGCAAUAAUUGUCUUAUUCAAGCUAAAUAUUUGUUGUGAAAAUUGACUGUGAUUACCAAAGUCUUAAGCAUUCCCCAUGUAACGUAAAAAGAAGCAUUGUAGCCUCAACCUUUCUGUUUAUAAAAAAAGAAUUAACGUGCUUGGGACCUUUUGAUAGUUAACACAUAAAGAGAAUGAGAGGUCUUCCUAAGAAAUAGAGAAAUCAUUCAGUUGGUACUGGUCUUGAGAAGAAUUGUUUCACACUGCAAUUUUGUUUUCAUUACAAUAUAUAUGUAUAGGAGUGUGUGUGUUUCACUAUUAUAUCUUUGUCACAUAUUAUUCCAUAUACAUUCUGUUUACCUGAGUGCUUCAUCAUAGAAGUGUUCAUGGAAUUCUAAUAUGUAUUAUUCAUUUACUCCAGGACUUAUAUUUUGGUAAAAUAAAAUAUAAACAAUCAAAA